GCAACCAGAAGCAAAGGGGAACGCUGUCUGUCGUCUUCGCUAGCUUCGACAGACGAGAGAGGUUCUAAAAUGGUUAAGAGUUGUUGUGUGGUCGGCUGCACCAACAACAAAAGCAAAAAUCCUACUCUGUCAUUUUAUAUGAUACCGAGUGAGUGCACGGAACCAGAAAGGCGCCAACUGUGGCUGCAAGCCAUAAACCGAAAGGCAACAUCGAAAUCAGAAAAUCGUCUGACCCCUCUCCACAACAACUUAUGGCACCCAAGAUCUGAUUACACAUAUGUGUGCUCAGCUCAUUUUAUUUCAGGAGCCAAGAAUAAUGACACUACUCACCCGGAUUAUGUACCAUCUAUCUUCCCUCACAAAACAACACCCAGCUCAUCUGGACGUAAGUUAGCCAGAGACGACAGGCUACAACGAAAGUGCAAAAGACUGUUGCCUGCACCUGUCGAGCAGCUGGUGGUGAUGAAGGAUGAGCUGGACCAGUCGGACCCAGAGCUCACCGACAUGAAGGAGGAAGAGGAGGGCGUCACUGCGUUCUCCACUGUGUGCGUGAAAUGUGAAGAAGAUGAAGAGGAGCCUCAGUCAUUACAGCGUCACCAGUCAGCUGCAGCCUCCCUCAGCUCCGGCUCAUGGACACCGGCUGCAGGUAUCCAGAAGCUGGUGGUGGUUAAAGAGGAAGAUCUCCAGGACUGGAGCUCCAGUCUGGACCAGCAGGACCCGAAGCUCCUUCACAUGAAGGAGGAACUGGCGGAGCAAGAUGAAAGUCAGCAGGCAGGGCAGCUCAGCGAGUCAGAGGAAGACAUCACCUGGUUUUCAGUCGUUACUGUGAAGAGUGAAGAUGAGGAGGAGGAGCUUCAUCCCAUCCAGACUGAAACUGUAAAAGAGGAAGAGCCCUCAAGCAGCAGCUCUUUCACACAGAUGAAAUCAGAAAGCGAUGGAGAGCACUAUGGAGGAUCAGAUCUGGUCAGCGGUCACAUUCAACCAAACACUGACGAGGAGGAUUCGGACUUCUCUGAGACUGACGUCAGCGAUGAGGACGAUGACUCCGACAGCGGUCCCGAUGACGACGAUGGUGGGCAUUCGUUAUCACACUCUGAGGAAAGCUGUUCUCUGUGUGUCAAACACUACAUGUCCAAGCAGCCCAUCCACAAGGAAGAAAAACCGUUUGUGUGUGGUGAUUGUGGAAAAACAUUCAGGCAGAGCUCACAACUGAAGGUACACGUGAGGAUUCACACCGGGGAGAAGCCGUUCAGCUGCAGCUUCUGUGGUCGAGGGUUCACCGACAGCUCCAACCUCAGCACGCACAUGAGAGUCCACACAGGCGAGAAGCCUUUCAGCUGCGACGUGUGCGGGAAAAAAUUUAAACUCAAGUCUCACGUGAAAGCACACAUGAGCGUCCACACAGGAGAGAAACCGUUUAGUUGCAGCUUUUGUGGACGGGGUUUUUCAGUUAAGACAAAUCUUGCCUUGCACAUGAGAAACCACACAGGAGAAAGACCGUUCGACUGCGAAACGUGUGGCAAGAAGUUUAAACAACACUCGCACAUGAAAGCACACAUGAGACUCCACACCGGAGAAAAGCCGUUCGACUGUGCUGUUUGUGGGAAGAAGUUCAUGCAGAAGUCCUACCUGAAAUCACACAUGAGAGUUCACACUAAAGUGACGCCGUUCAGUUGUGACGAUUGUGGAAAAACAUUUAAAUUUGAGUCCUAUUUGAAAUCCCACAGGAGAGUCCACACAGGAGAGAAACCCUUCGACUGUGAAGUCUGUCAGAAAAAAUUCACGCUCAAGAAAAACUUGCAGAAACACAUGAGCGUGCACACGGGAGAGAAGCCCUUCAGCUGCAGCAGCUGUGGCAAAGGCUUUUCAGUAAAAACGAACCUGGACCAGCACAUGAGAGUCCACACGGGGGAGAAACCAUUCGAGUGUGAUAAAUGCGGGAAAAAAUUCAAACAGAAGUCACAAAUGAAAGUGCACAUGAGCGUGCACGCAGAAGAAAAACCGUUCGGCUGUGACGAUUGCGGAAAAAGAUUUGCAAGAAACUUACUUUUGAAAAGACACAUGAAAGUCCACACUGCAAAUAAAGCAGCCUGUGGGGAUAUUUAACUUUAACUCUUCUGGGGUUUCAUGUGGGAAAAACAGAAGCUGCUUAAAAAGUGAAAUAUUAUUUUGGUGCAAUAGUUUGUGGGAACAUUUCAAGAAGAGGAAACAUGUAGGAGUAACAAAGAAGUUGCCAUAUUUAUCAUUUGUGGAGACUGAAAAAUCUAAAAAUCACAGUGAUUUUGCUGUCUUGUUUUAUUGGUCUGGCAUGCCAGGUACUGCCCACAUCAUAAUUUACCUGAAACAUUUUAUUUAUUUCUAUUCCAAAAAAAGGAAACUUUUUAAAUUUAAUUGUUUUGCUUUUAACAAAUGUGUAUUUUUAUUAAAAAAAAAAAACACGCACCAAC